CCGUCUCUGCUUUAGAGCCCCGCCUCCCGCGCUCAGCCCCGCCUCCCACGCACGACCCGCCCAUACCUGGGAUCCGCUACACUAGUAGACGUGCAGCUUACGAACUUGCGGACAUGGCGAACCAGGUGAUCAGAUGCAAGGCUGCAGUCGCCUGGGAGGCCGGAAAGCCUCUCUCCAUAGAGGAAAUAGAAGUAGCACCUCCAAAGGCUCAUGAAGUCCGAAUUAAGAUCAUUGCCACUGCUGUUUGCCACACCGAUGCCUAUACCCUGAGUGGAGCUGAUCCUGAGGGGUGUUUCCCAGUGAUCUUAGGACAUGAAGGUGCUGGAAUUGUGGAAAGCGUUGGUGAAGGGGUUACUAAGGUGAAGGCAGGUGAUACUGUCAUCCCCCUGUACAUCCCACAGUGUGGAGAAUGCAAGUUUUGUCUGAAUCCUAAAACAAACCUUUGCCAGAAGAUAAGAGUCACUCAGGGGAAAGGACUAAUGCCAGACGGCACUAGCAGAUUUACCUGCAAAGGGAAGUCUGUUUUUCAUUUCAUGGGAACCAGCACAUUUUCUGAGUACACAGUUGUGGCUGACAUCUCCAUUGCUAAAAUUGAUCCUGCAGCGCCUUUGGAUAAAGUCUGCCUUCUUGGUUGUGGCAUCUCAACCGGCUACGGUGCUGCUGUGAACACGGCCAAGGUGGAGCCUGGUUCUACCUGUGCCGUCUUCGGCCUGGGAGGAGUUGGAUUGGCAGUGAUCAUGGGCUGUAAAGUGGCUGGUGCAUCCCGAAUCAUUGGCAUCGACAUCAAUAAAGAUAAAUUCGCAAAGGCUAAAGAGUUUGGAGCCUCUGAAUGUAUUAACCCCCAAGAUUUCACUAAACCCAUGCAGGAAGUACUCAUUGAGAUGACAGAUGGGGGAGUAGACUACUCCUUUGAGUGUAUUGGCAAUGUGAAGGUCAUGAGAGCAGCCCUUGAGGCAGCCCACAAAGGCUGGGGAGUCAGUGUGGUGGUUGGCGUAGCUGCUGCUGGUGAAGAAAUCGCCACUCGUCCCUUCCAGCUGGUGACAGGCCGCACGUGGAAAGGCACUGCCUUUGGAGGCUGGAAGAGUGUAGAGAGUGUCCCAAAGCUGGUGUCUGAAUAUAUGUCCAAAAAGAUAAAAGUUGACGAAUUUGUGACUGACAAUCUACCCUUCGACCAAAUUAACAAAGCCUUCGACCUGCUGCACUCGGGGAAAAGCAUUCGAACUGUUCUAAAGGUGUAAGUUCAGAAGAGAACACUGUCCAUCCUGUACUUUUUUCCUGUGAUAAGAACAGACUGACAGACCUGCAAGCCUCUUAGACUUCAGAAACUACUAGAAGGAAUGUGUGUAAUCAUGGCUCUAAUCAAGGACAAGGCAAAUAAUCGCAAGUCAGUUUUUUUAAUUCUUCACAUAAAUAAUUGCUGCUCAUCAAGAAAUGCUUUUACAUAAUAAAAAUACUUUCUGCA